UGCCCCUCACAUGGACUUAUUGCCGAGGCCGGGCGGCGUGGCGGUCUUGACAGCUGGCGAGAAGGAAAGUGUGUGAAUAAGAAGAAAAGAGGGCCGAGAGGAGGAGGACCUAAGAAGCGAUACAAAGCGUUUUAGGUCAAAAGAAGAAGGAGCAGCGCGGCGCAAGGCAGGGCAGACACACACCAUGCUGGACAUCGUGUUGUUCCGCGAGGACCAGGGCGGCGACCCGGGCAAGGUGCGGGAGUCCCAGCGGCGGCGGUACAAGGACGUGGGGGCCGUGGACGCCGUCAUUGACCGGGACACCAAAUGGAGAGCAGCGCGGCACAAGGGGGACCUCCUCAACCGCAUGGGGAACGUCAUCUCCAAGACGGUGGGCGAAAAGAAAAAGGCAUCAAGACAGAAGGGUGAGCAGGAGCCUGAGGCAGAGUCUAAAGGCCCAGAUCUUGAUGCCCUGGAGAAGCACCUCAGUGAGUACAGCUACUUGUGUGGGUAUGAGCCCUGCCAGAAGGACCCAAGGCUGGCUGGGCGGCUCACAGCACCUCCGUCCCCCAACACACACCCGGCUGUCACUCGCUGGUACUCACACAUGAACACCUUCACUGUCGAGGAGGUUAAGGCCCUCCCAGAGCCCCAGCAGCUGGCCUUCAGUGUGGAGCUGGCCAAGGAGGCGGAGGGCACUGAGACAGACGUGCCAGCGGAGGUGAAGGAGAAGCUAACGGAGCUCACCAUGGACAUCCUGCGGCCCCUCAAGGUGUCCCAACUGAAGGAGGUGAAGAAGCUUGUGGACGAGGCGAUGGCGCAGAACAACGAGGAGCUGCUCAAGACUGAGAACGAGAGGGACGCCAUCCUGAAGGAGAUCGGCAACCUUGUCUACGAUGAUGUUCCCGUCAGCAACGAUGAGAACAACAAUGCAGUGGUGAGGACGUUCGGCGAGGAGACCACCAAGAAGUACUCCCACGUGGACCUUAUCGCCAUGAUUGGUGGCUCCGACGCAAAGAGGGGCUCCGUGACCUCAGGUGGCCGUGGGUACUACCUCCUGGGGCCGGCGGUGUUCCUGGAGCGGGCAGUGGUGGAGCUGGCCCUCAGCAUCCUCAACAAGAAGAGCUACACGCCCAUCGUCACGCCUUUCUUCAUGCGCAAGGAGAUCAUGCAGGAGGUGGCCCAGCUCUCACAGUUUGAUGAGGAGCUGUACAAGGUGUUAGGCAAGGGGGACGUUCCAGGCUCAGAGCAGGUGGAUGAGAAGUACCUGAUUGCCACCUCGGAGCAGCCCAUCGCAGCCUUCCACCGCGACGAGUGGAUCCCCACCGACCAGCUGCCCAUUAGGUACUCCGGGCUGUCCUACUGCUUCAGGCAAGAGGUUGGCUCACACGGGAGGGACACGCGGGGCAUCUUCCGUGUGCACCAGUUCCAGAAGGUGGAGCAGUUUUGCCUCACCUCCCCUCAUGACAACAAGUCCUGGGAGAUGAUGGACGAGAUGAUCACCAAUGCCGAGGACUUCUGCAAGGCUCUGGGGCUGCCCUAUCGAGUGGUCAACAUCGUCUCGGGGGAGCUGAACAACGCUGCUGCCAAGAAGCUCGAUCUGGAGGCUUACUUCCCGGGGUCAGGAGCCUACAGGGAGCUGGUCUCAUGCUCCAACUGCCUCGACUACCAGUCCCGGCGGCUUCGAGUGCGCUAUGGGGCUACCAAGAAGAUGAACGCCGCGGUUGAGUAUGUGCACAUGCUGAACGCCACGAUGUGCGCCACCACACGUGUGAUCUGCGCGGUGCUGGAGAACUACCAGACGGAGGAGGGCGUGACGGUGCCCGAGGCCCUCAGGCCAUACAUGCCCCAAGAAUUCAAGGAGUUCAUCCCAUUCAAGUUCCCUGCACCCAUUGAGGAGGAGGCCAGCAAGAAGAAGAAGAAAGGGAAGACCAAGCAAGAGGAGUAAACAAAACCCACAAGAACAGAAUAAGAGGCGGUGUGUGUGGAAGCUUCCCUUUUAUCAGUAAUUUUGUGUUUGGGGUAAAGGAUCAAUUUUGAAUGAUUUGUUAAUGCCAGACCUAUAACUGCCACUACAUCUUGAUUCUAGAUAUUAAAAUGCCGGAAAUUAUGCUGAAUGGUGGGCUUAUGUUUUGGAGUAUUAGUAAAUAUACACAAUAAUUAGUUGGUGCCUUCAGAUGAAUUAACAUAGCUCACUUAAACUUACUGUCCAUAGAUUUUAUUGUAACUUAAUACAUACCAUAUAAUUUUGAAUGCACUCAUAUGUAUUAAUCUUAUUUAUAUGUAGUUUUCUUUACUAAGAUGCACUCAGUCCAGGCAGUAGCUGUUUUAUGGUAGCUGGGGAGCUUUUCUACAUCACAAUUUACAAUAAAAAAAAUUAAUGGUAAA